AGAGAGAGAGAGAGAGAGAGAGAGAGAAGCAUAGAAAUGAUAGAAUAAUGGCAUUCUAGUGCAAUACACAAAGCUCGAUCCACUUCUUCUUCUUCUUCCUCUGCGUCACAACAUCUUCCCUGUAUCUCCGGCCGCCAUUAACGCCCAGAUUCCUGCACCUUUCUGCUCCAUUCAGUUUCUUCGGCGAAUUUCUACUCUCUUCUGCUCGUUCCGGAACUCCAACUUAAAGCUUUCGUUUCGUAUGUAAUGCCGUUCUUCCGAGUUGCAAUGGUUUUGUGAUUUUGCUUUCUUCAGAGGUCGUAUUAGCGUGUAGAGGUGAGCAGGAUCGAGAAUGUUGACCUGUAUAGCUUGCUCGAAGCAGCUUAACACUGGAUCUCUUCGCGAACCGGAAGAAGACGACGCCGUUACUACUCCCAGCACAAAGCAAGCCAUCAAAGCCCUCACUGCUCAGAUUAAGGAUAUGGCUGUAAAAGCUUCCGGUGCGUAUAAGCACUGCAAGCCGUGUUCAAGAGGGUCAAACAAUAGCCAUAACCAUAACCGGAACUACGCGGAUUCCGAGACUGGGUUGUCUGCGUCGGAGAAGAUUCAUUGUGCGUAUAGACGGACUGGGACUGGGACUGGGAGUGGGAGUGCGAAUUCGACGCCGAGGGUAUGGGGGAAGGAAUUGGAGGCGGCGAGUAAAGGGGGGUAUUUGAGCGGCGAAGGCACGCCGGCAUCGGCGAGUGGGCGCACCGAGUCAGUGGUGUUCACGGAAGACGAUGAGGCCAAGGAAUGGGUUGCUCAGGUUGAGCCCGGGGUGCUCAUAACCUUCGUUUCCUUGCCUCAAGGUGGGAAUGAUCUCAAGAGAAUCCAAUUCAGCCGAGAGAUGUUUAACAAAUGGCAAGCACAAAGAUGGUGGGCAGAGAAUUAUGAUAAGGUCAUGGAAUUGUACAAUGUACAGAGGUUCAAUCGCCAGGCUGCACCUCUGCCAACUCCACCAAAGUCUGAUGAUGAGAACUCAAAAGUUGAAUCUGUCGAAGGAAGCCCUGUGACCCCUCCUCUGAGCAAGGAACGUCUACCCCGCCACUUUAAUCAUCCAACCGGAAAGAGUUACUCCUCAGAGUCGUUGGAACAUCAUUCAAUGCACUCUCAUCAUUGCAAUGGCCUGGGUGGUCCAACUCCAAAGCUCUCCAACAUCAGUGCCGCAAAAACUGAAACAUCUUCAGUAGAUGCUUCUGCAAGGAGCAGUUCAUCUAGGGAGGUUGAUCACUCAGGAGAGCUCUCAGUCAGUAACGCUAGUGACAUGGAAACUGAAUGGGUUGAGGAAGAUGAGCCUGGAGUCUACAUCACAAUCAGAGCAUUGCCAGGUGGCACUCGGGAGCUUAGACGUGUUAGGUUCAGCCGAGAAAGAUUCGGAGAAAUGCAUGCAAGAUUGUGGUGGGAAGAGAACAGAGCCAGGAUCCAACAACAGUAUUUAUGACAAAGCGGUUGUUUGCAUGAGAUUGAGAACUUUUGCACUAAACCAUACUUUUUUUUUUUUUUUUAAUUUUUAUCAGAAAUAGAUUUGAGUUCUGCAGUUGUGAGUCUGUUCAUUCAGUGGCUUAACCUUUCAUUGCCAGGCUCUCUCUUCUACGGAAUUAGAUUAAAGUUAAUGGUUGGUGUGGUUGGGGGAGGGGCAUAUUGGAGUAGAAAGUGUUCUAAUAAGUUUUUCAUCAUAGUCCAUAAAAGACAUGCAUCUAAUUGCAGGCAUUUCUUGAAUUUUUUGAAAUAAAGUUUUUAAUUUAGUGUAUU